AUGGAGGCGAUCGUGGAAGAACAAAAUCGCAUCUAUUCGGUUUACUCGACUAUCAUUAAGUGCAUUCCGAUCAUCACGGUUCCGAUCCAUUGCGAAGCGAUCUACUGCGUUAUCAAGAGAAGUCCCGGUUUCCAGUUACACUAUACAAUUAUACUGACUGUUCACAUUCUCGGGUAAUCUUAUAUUUUCAACAUUCUUUGACAGCUAGUUUCAGAUGUCUCUGGGAAGAGUUCUACGGUUUCCAAAUGUUCCGUCCGAUGGUUUUCAUUCCUGUAGUUGGAAUCUACGCUGAUGGGAUUCUCUCAAUGUUCGGGGUCCAUCCGUUCAUUCAACUCUGCGGAAUCUUCUUCGCCGUUCAACUCAACGCCGCCAUUCUGACACACAUCACCUUCUACCGCAUGAAAAUAAUCAUUCCAAUGUCCUUCCGCUAUUAUUAUCGCGUUAUUCGAUUCGGCAUUUUCGCAACCGUCCUCAUCUACGUGGGCGCUGUUCUCUCGGUGUCCACUCUCUUUCUGCUAGUGGAAGAUCAGAUAGAAGCAAAGAAUUACUUAUAUGCGGUAUGGAAUCAUAGUGUUAAUCUAAUUCAAACGAAAAUUUGCUUUGCAGACUCUGCGACCACUUCCCAGUGUUUUCUGGUCUGACAAAUACAUGGUCUCCACUUCCCGCAAUCCGAAUGUCUCAGUAUUUUUGAUCUGUGGUGCCGUAUGCGUCGGUUUCUACGUGUUUCUCUGCAUCACUCUCCCGUCGCUCUGCUUCAUUAUACUCCACCGAACACGGCAUUCUCUUUCUGACAAAGUGAUCCGCGCCCAGAGAGCGUACCUCAGGACUAUCCUUCUGCAGGUUCGUUCGAUUCACGAAAAACUCCUGAAGAACACUUGCAGGUCGGCGUGGUGAUUCUCUGCACGAUCAUGCCGUUCUGUGUCUUCUUUGCCGGAAUAGCCAAUCUUGUUACCAACCCAAGUACCUCCCGACCCCCCUUUUUGCGUACACCUCAUCCCUCUCUUUUCAGUAAUCAUCCCCGCUUCUCUCAUCUUUUCGCUCUGCCACGGCGCGGCGUCCACCCUCAUCCACCUGCUCUCCAAUAAGCCGUUUCGCGAUACUAUGAAAACGCAGCUGGCAUGGGGUAACGUCUCUUUCUCGCGAGUACUUCAUUAUCGUCCACAUUCCAGUCAUAUGUUGUCUGACGUGCACUCGACCGAAGCGGAGCAACAUGAUCCACACGCUGUCGUCGAUCGUCGGAUGA